ACCACCACCACCACCACCAUUACUACUACUACUACUACUACUACUACUACUACUACUACUACUACUACUACUACUACUACUACUACUACUACUGCUGCUACUACUACAGAACAGAUUACUACUACUACUACUACUACUACUACAACAACAACAACAACUACUACUACUACUUAUACUAUUACUACUACUACUACUACUACUACUACUACUACUACUACUACUACUAUAACUACUACUACUACUACUUCUACUACUACUACUACUACUACUACUACUACUACUACGACUACUACUACUACUACUACUAUUGCUACUACUACUACUACUACUACUACUACUUUUAUACUACCUACUACUACUACUACUACUACCACUACUACUACUACUACUACUACUACUACUGAAACAACAACAACAACAACAACAACAACAACAACAACAACAACAACAACAACAACAACAACAAUAAGAACAACAACAACAACAACAACAACAACAACAACAACAACAAUAACAACAACAACAACGACAACAACAACAACAACAACAACAACAACAACAACAACAACAACAACAACAACAACAAUAACAACAACAACAACGACAACACUCUACCCAGUGUCUUAUUUCCCAAGCACUGAGCCUGAUUAG